GACGAAUCUCAUCAAACCAUUCAACCACCUCAGCAUUUUACAACUUACAAUCCAAAUCUCUCGUAACCGCAAUCAUGAGCCCUGUUUCCCGAGUCGUCACCUUCACACCCAAGCCGGAGAAGAUCGAGGAAGCUCUCGCCGAAUGUGCUAAGUUCGCCAAAGUUGUUGAAGAUGCCGAGCCAGGCUGUCUUAUGUACAAAGUAUCGAAGACCAAGCCUUUGACAGGUGAUGGCCCAGAGCAAGUUGUCAUGGCUAUGAUAUUCAAAGAUGAGGCAGCUUUCAACGCUCAUGAGGAGAGUGCUCAUGUCCAAUCAUACAAGACUAAUAGCAAGGCAGCCGAGUUUUUGAUGGCACCACCAGAUGUUAGAGUCGUCACUCCUGCUGGAGGAUUCAGCAGAACUUAAUUCGAGGGGGUUGAAUGAGGGUUUCAACUCUUUAUCUGUAUUGCAUUGUUUAGAUAUCCAAUGAAGCGCAUGUUGACAGCA